AUGGAUAACAAUCAAAGUUUGAAUAAUACAGACAACAUUUCAGUAGCUUCCACUGAAAUCUCUCUAUCGCGUCAUGUUCGCUUUUGGAUUCUUCUUCUAUUUGAUAUUCCAUCCGUAGCUUGUGCAUUUUUUGUUCUUUUCUGUAUUCUUAUCGAUCGAAAAUUACGCUCUAGCAUAAAGAAUCAUGUUCUCGUUAUUAUAUUGCUUCUUGGCAUCGGUGCUCAAUUAAUCGAUGCUCCUUUUUAUCUCAAUUUUAUUGUUCAUUCGAGUGUUGUUCCAUCGAAUCCAUCGACGUGUCUAUUGUGGGGGUUUGUGAAUAUUGGUAUGUACGAUGGAGGAGUCAUAUUUAUGCCCUGGACUGCGUUUGAACGGCACAUUAUUGUAUUUCAUGAACAUUGUAUUUCAACAAGAAAGCGACGCAUCAUAAUACACUAUUUCCCAAUGCUUUUUUUAAUUCUAUAUAUUUUUAUUUAUUAUAUUUAUGUCAUUUAUUAUUUUCCUUGUGAAAAUACUUACGACUACACAUUGCCAUUCUGCGGUGCGUUACCAUGCUGUGAUUAUGAUCCGAUCAUGAGCAUGUCGGACUGGAUUGUCAAUGUUGCAUCACCAACAUUUCUCGAAGCAUUACUAAGUUUGGCUUUUAUUUUUCGAGUCCUAUGGCAGAAACAUCAUUCUCAUUUACCAAUACAAUGGCGCAAGCACCGUAAAAUGGCAAUUCAGCUCAUGUCACUCUAUUCCCUUAACAUGGCCAUCAACGUUCCACUUAGUACUAUUAACAUAGCUUACUUUUGUGGUUUAUCAUAUGACUAG